AUGUUUCUCAAUCUCUUUCGGUCGAAAGAAGCCAGGAGAAGAAAGGAAGAAGAGGACCGAGUUGUGAAACAACAGCAGAAAGACCGAAAGCGCCAGCAAGCGGCUGUCGCUGCGUCUAGACCAACUUACGUUCCGUACCAUAGCCCUCCUUCCACAUCCACCCCGUCGAGUACCUGGGGUGGUGGCAACUAUGUCGAUGCUGGCAGUAGCAAUUACUACUCCGGAGCUGGACAUAGCACCCAUCAUCAUUCCGGUGGUGGCGGUGAUAGCAGCUGUUCUUCAGGCGGUUGGGGUCAUUCAGGCGGUGGAGGUUAUUCAGGUAGUGGAAGUGAUUCAGGUGGAGGUUACUCAGGUGGUAGUAGCGGCGAUUCAGGUGGUGGAAGUAGCAGCAGCGGAGAUUCAGGAGGCAGCUCUGGAGGGGGCUGCUAA